CAAAGGGACUCAUAAAAACAACAGAAGAAUUUUCAAACUAGUUGAGUCGCGCGACUUGAUGACGUAAAACGCAUGCGCCCAGAUCGAAAGUCAGGAACCAACUUCGCAAACAGAAAGGGGUCUUGAGCCUUGACCUGGCAAUGGGGGACAUGAAGACCCCAGAUUUCGAUGAUUUGCUGGCAGCCUUUGAUAUUCCGGACAUUAACGCUCAGGAAGCUAUACAGUCCAAUCCAGAGGAGCAGCGCGACGAGCCGAGGGCGAAUGCUCCUCCAAGUGAGCCUCCUGUGGUCAGCGUGAUUGUUAAGAACACAGGGAGAUCAGAGUCUGUUGAAGAGAAGCCUGUUAAGGAUAAAACGGAUGAUUCUUCAGACGGCGUCUUGACCUCGCCGAUUCCUGCCAAACUGGACCCAACGUCUCAUGAUGCUCCGACACCACAGCUCGGUCCUAAGACGUCUCCAAGUUCGUCCAUGGAUUCUGAGAUGAUGAGCAGGUUUGAAGACCAAAUGGUUUGUAAUCGAACGCCAUGCCUCCCGCAGCUGUGGGCCUCGUCGCCAUCCAAUUCUCCUUCUGAGCAAGAUGAAGAACCCGAGUCUCGGCCCUCACAGCGAACCUCUAAAGCCGCUGAUGGUUUGAGGCCCCUUCUCUACUCACAGUCUUCAAAGUCUGCCGACGUGUUACUGCCUCCACCUCUGCUUCAGAGCCAGGCACGCCAUCCUCAGGACAGUCAGUCAUCCUCCACUGUAGCUCAAAAUGGAAACAUGGAUACUGAAAUCAAGCGUGUUAUAAAUAUGGAUGAGGAGGAUUCAGAGCCAGAUAUAGGAAGUCCGCUGGUGAUCCAGGAGGGUCCAGAAUGCGUCACUUCUCCCCUUUUAAAUAACAAAACAAAACUGCAUUCCGAUCUUUUUGAGCAUCCUGGGAAUGCAUCGUCUCUUGUUCCUGAUCCUCCUAAACUGUCUUUUAGCUCUGCACUGACACAAAGUAAAUCCCAGAGUGGUGAGGGUGGAAGAAGUUCUCCUGUCUUCACCCAGCAUGGGAAAGAUGGAACACCUACUUCCCCAAAUUCUUCCACAUCAGAUCCACCCCCCCAGAAAGCCCAUCAUUCCCCUUUUCCUGCCAGCACAAACUCAACAGUAGUCCAGGAGAAUUUAUACCCAGAGCAUGUGAUUGAUGAGAGAGACUCACCUGAGAGCCCCCCUCCCAGUGAGACAGGCUGUCUGUUAACCAACCAGAGCAGCAGCUCUGAUGUGGCUGCACUGCCAGGAUCAGCCUCGAGUAACAAGGAAUCUUCUCACCAGCAGCAGGAGCUCAAGGAAGCAGAGUCAAGUCAGGAUGACAAACCAGGGAGACGAAGUGAAGAAGUGGCUGGAGAUGGAGACGAACCAAAUAAAGAGAACUGCAGCGCUGACACUAAAGAUACAACAUCCUCCUGUGCAACUGAGACGGCCUCAUUUCCUCUGCGACCCCUCAAGGUGAAAAUCAAAAUGCCCACUGGCAGCAUCACAAGGACUGUGACAGGUGGAGCAUCUAAAAGAAGUGUGAAAGGAUCUGCAAAAAGUGUGGACAACUCCAAAAAUUCACAAGAUGGUUUAAGUGCAAGAUCUAAAAAGGAGUUAGCGCUGCAGUCAGAGUUUACAGAAACACUGCAAGAAACAAUCAGAGAAGAAUCCUCCGUGGAGACCAAGCCCAAAGUGUCUGCGACAGCAGUGAGCAUCACGAAAACGGCAGCGCUGCCCUCUAUCUCCUCUGCCAGAGUCGGCGCGGGCGCUUUAAACCUCCGCAGUCUGGGUCAGAAAACUCUAAACACCGGAAUGACGCUGCCCUCAACUCUACCUGCACUUCCCACACAAGCCAGCGGCAGACCGGCGUCGAUCGUCAACAGCACGGGGGCCAUCAUUUCCAAGAACCAGUCCAACCUGGUCGAAGCUUUCAACAAAAUCCUCAACAACAAGAACCUGCUUCCCACUUAUAAACCAGAGCUGAGCUCCCCCCUGCCUGCAGAGUGGGGCAUUAGUCUUCCAGCACAGGGUUACCGCUGCCUGGAGUGUGGGGACGCCUUUGCCCUGGAGCAGAGUUUGGCGCAGCACUAUGACCGCCGCUCGCUCCGAAUCGAGGUGACCUGCAAUCACUGCGCCAAACGUCUGGCCUUCUUCAACAAGUGCAGCCUGCUCUUACACGCCAGGGAGCACAAGGAGAGAGGCCUGAUCAUGCAGUGUUCCCACCUAGUCAUGAAGCCUGUGCCUGUAGACCUGAUGAUCAGCCAGCCAGAAGCAGCAAAAGAAGGGUCAUCUCCUUCAGUGUUGGGGCAGGCCACUUCAAAGCUCUGGUCACUGACCGGCAAAGGAGCGGAGGCGGCACCAAACACUAGCAUUAAAUGUCCAGAGUGUCAAGCUCAGUUUAGCAGUAAAGAGGAGCUGGCGGACCAUUUUCAGGAGGUCAAAGCUGCUCACAGUACUUCGUGUACAGAGUGCUCCCCUACCAUGCUGCUUCCCAACCACUGCAGCUCGGCGGCACAUCAGCGCUUCCACCAAGGGAGCCAGCCACACGUCUGCCCGGAGUGCGGCCUCACACUCAAACAGCCGCUGUUCCAGAAGCAUUUAUACGAGACCUGCCUGCAUUUCUCUCGUCGUGUUGGCUACAGAUGCUCCAGCUGCCUGGUGGUGUUUGGAGGUCUGAACUCUGUGAAGUCGCACAUCCAGCAGGCUCAUUGCGACGUGUUCCACAAGUGCCCCAGCUGCCCCAUGGCUUUCAAAUCUGCCCCCAGCGUACAGAGCCACAUUAAUACCCAACAUCCAGAUCUCACCGAGGGACAGACUUUGCUAAUCUAUAAAUGUGUCAUGUGUGACACGGUUUUUACAUAUAAGCACGUGUUGCACACCCACUUUGACACUCAUUUAACCAACCAGAGGGUGCAGGUGUUUAAAUGUCCCGAGUGCAACAAGCUGUUCUCUCAGAGACAUUCAAUGCUGGAACAUUUCAAGACCCACAAGACCGUUGCCAUUAAAGAAGAGUUGGUGUCACCUGCCUCUGCGAGCUUCAAGAGCUCCGAGGGAGAGGGGGAGCCGGAAAAGGGGAUGAAAAGGAAAGUCAAGGCUGAAAGGAUCAAAGCACCUUCAGGUUGGAAGUGUCAUUCUUGCAACCUGCAGUUCAUGGAGAAGGAGGACUACAUCAACCACAUGAGCAAACAGCACGGCAAGACGCUGAAGAAGUUUCCCUGCAACAAGUGUGAGAGCUCUUUCACCACCACCUCCAGCAUGAGGCGCCACAUCCGGGACAAACACAAAAUUCUGAGCCGGGGCUUCCGCUGUCAGUUUUGCUGUGAGAGUAAGAAAACCUUCAGCAGCAGAGCCAUGUUGGAGAGACACAUUGAGCUGAGGCACGGCGUGGACAGCCUGAACCAGGAUGGAGGGACGAGAGGAUAUGAAGCCGACAGCUCAUCGGAGCAGGACAGCGUGAGGUCUCGCCGGAAGCGCAGAGGGGUGAAGGUGGAGCACGACGAAGACUCCACACACAGGAUGAGUCCGGCGAAGAAGCUGCGCUCCUGCGCUCCCUCCGAGUCUGUGUUCAGCUGCGCUCCCUGCGGCUUCUCCACAGACGUCCAGGCGGCGUUUCAGGAGCACAUCAGCCAGCACAGACAGAGCGCCGCGGAGAGCACUGGCCUGCAGUGUCUGCAGUGCGGCGCCUGCUUCACAUCUUCAUCCUCCCUGUCCCGCCACCGCUUCAUCUCACACAAGGUGAAAGACGCAUCCGGUGACGGCCCGCAAAGUCUCGGUGGGCACCCGGCACCCUCCCCCGGCAACACCACAAACCCCAGCGACAGAGGCCACCUGAACGGCUCGGCGCCAGCCUCCCCGUCCAACCAACCGUCCACGGGUCAGGGAAAGGACGAGGAGGGAGGGCUGGCCUGUAAGGUGUGUGGCAAACACUUUGAAAAGACAUCCGACCUAAACACACAUUUCAGAACUCACGGCAUGGCUUUUAUUAUUGCAAGAAAUGCAGGAAAAACCAUCUGAAUGCACGGGUGAGUAUCCGAGAAAAUCCCUGCAAGUGCCUUUACUGUUUUAGUCAUGGGGGGCUCAUUCACCUGUGCACCCACGUAACCAAAGAGCUUCUCAGCACUGUUUUUACAAGUUUAAAACUCAGGAUCUGCUGCACUUCAGCCACAAUAUUAAAGACGUCAAAACCGCUUCCUGUUUCCUGGAGGCUCAAUUAGACAUUUACAUAAAUAAAUGCAACAGUCAUCAUGAAAGUCUUUUUUAGCAUCUCAGAAUUAAAAAAAGUUCUCACUCAGAAAAUAGUUUCACUUUGACAGACAUUUUGUGAAGUAUAUUAUAUUUUUAGAUAUCUUUAACCUUUGUUUUGUAUCUUUGUAGCGCAUCUUUACAUUUUGUUUUUAAAGUUUAAUGGAGGUAAAAUGUCUAUGAUUUAUGUGUUACUGUAGAAACAUCCAUCUUUGAACAUUUAAAGUCUGUAAUUGUACUAAAAAAGUAACAAUAAUUUAACACAUUUAAUAAAUUAGGUUAAACACGCAUACACACAAUAUAUAUAUAUAUAAAAUUCAAUUAAAAUCAUGUAAGUAAAAUAGUUUUGCUAAAUAUUUAUCUAAAUCUAUCAGAAUCCUGUAAAAACAAAUUGUUCUUUUUGCAAGAUGAUUAUUCUUUUUACUUUCCUCCGAACAUGAACUUGUUUAACGUGUUUUUUAGUCCUGGACACUUAAAGAGAAUAAAAAUCCUUGAGCCA